AUGAGUGCCGUCGCCACUGCCAUCCUCCACGGCACUUCCGGUUUCUCCCACGUCCCUGCUUCACCUCCCUGGGCCGAGGUCUGCGGUUACGCCCUAGAGCCCACCUCCCCGUUAGAAGCCAGCAGGAAGCAGGCCUCUCCCCGCCGCUGGUCCGGAGUGAAUGGCUGGUCGUGGCCCCUGCACACCUUCCAGGCGGUGGCCUGGACCACACUGUUCAUCUUGGCCUUCGCCAACUUCGGUAUCUUCGUCCCCUUGCUGCCGCCUAACUGGAACUUGGUCAUCUAUGGUGUGACUGGUGGGCUUUUCUGUUUCCACUUCGUGGUCCACUUGCUUGCAAUUUCCAUCGAUCCUGCUGAAACCAACGUACGGCUCAAGAACCACCCGGAGCCCGUACCCACCUUCGACCCAUCCAAACACACGCAUGUCAUCGAGAACCAAUACUGCCACCUGUGUGAGGUCACCGUGAACAAGAAGGCUAAACACUCUAGGGCCUGCAACAAGUGUGUAUCUGACUUUGACCACCACUGCAAAUGGCUUAACAACUGUGUAGGGGGCAGGAAUUACAGAUAUUUCUUCUGCUCCUUGGUCUCUGCCUCGGCCAGCCUGCUCUGCCUGAUCACCAUCCUGCUGUACGUCUUCAUCCAGUACUUUGUCAACCCGGAGGUGCUGCGCACUCAUCCCCUCUAUGAAGACGUCUCCAAGGACACUUGGCUGCUGUUCCUUCCUUUGUUCCCUGUAAAGACGAAGACCCUGGUGGUCCUGGGCAUUGGGGUGUUCGUCCUGCUGCUGUCCGCCCUCAGCCUCCUGCUGCUUGGACACCUGCUCAUCUUCCACCUCUUCUUAAAGAGCAGCGCAAGGAGGCCCCGCCGCAGCCGAGGUGUCCGGAUCUGUGUCCCACCAUCGCCACGUGCCGGGAGAGCUCCCCGCUGCAGAGUGAAGUCCAACCAUCUGCUGCCGGACGUGCACUCAGGUCCACCCUCCUGCACCAACACGUUCGUGGAGGACUCGUGGGUGAUGGAAAUAGCCAGCAGCCUGACUUCGUCUGCCCUCAGCGGACCCGGGAGCAAGGUGUUCCUGUCGCCAUCCGGUGAUCCAGUGACUUCACCCUACACUCCACCUUGGCCUCCGGCACAGAGGACCACCUGCGGUGAAGGUCUCAAAGGACCAACAGGAAAUGAGGUUGCCUGUGAAAGCAGACAGCGCCGAGGGCAAAGGCCCAGCUUCAGGAGCCAAGGAGCCCACACUGGCCAAAUGGGCGUCCACACACCCGUGUCCUUAGAGAUCCGGGCUCGGGAGGCGGCCCUGGAGAAACUCAGGCUCCCGCACCUGCUGCCCUCCAGCAGCCAGCAUGUGCUGCACCUGGAUGUCCCCUUGCGGAGGCAGCAGGUCCAGGGCACGGAGCCUGCCACUGUCACCACCACCAGGAAGCCGGCGGAUGGGCAGGUGUGCAAUCUCCAGCACAUCUAGCUCCCAGGAGACAGCAGAGGUGGCUUGGGGCCAGGCGUCGCCAUCCAGCCAGGAAGCAGAGGGCCCGCUCGAUGCUUAGGGAGAGACCAGGGUCAACCUGGAUAUCUCUGUCAGCACGACUCGUGUCCGCGCUGCCACGGAAGCCCCUGAGUCCAGGGCAGGCGCUCACCCCGACUCCCACGAUGCCUGCCUGGCCUGAGGCCGGUAGGGGCUCCCGCUGUGUUCGUGGUGCAGUGCAGCCCUCGCCUCUACGCAGGCACCGGUGGCAGCCGAUGGCCCGGCUUCCUCCAAGCGGAGUGCUGGGUCCGCGUCCAGAGUCCAGGAAAGAAGGGAGCCUGUGCACACCCUGACUUGCGCUAUUUCCCGAACACGUCCCCAUCGUGCUCCAAGAUUCAGGACAGACUUGGUGUGCUGUUUUCACUUGUGUUACUUAGGAAUGUUGACAACUGUUAUGACCCUAAGUAGCCUUUAGGGAAGUUCUUCAGAAUUUCUUAGACAGUUAUACGAAAUAAUAAAAAAUAAUUUCAUUGGCAAUAA